AUGCGGUUCUAUAUAACGACCCAUUUGCCGGCCAUCCUGCUCGCUCUAAUCUGCCUCGGGACACGCCCCCCGCCCACCGAUGCGGUUCGGGGCGGGGCACCUGUUGUGGUCGCCGACGACGAUGACGAAACCAUGGAGUACGCCCCGCAAUAUGAGCAUCCGGGCUAUGCCUUCAGUUACGGGGUCAAGGACCUGCACACCGGCGACGUGAAGUCCCAGUGGGAGAGCCGCGACGGCGAUGGAGUCAAGGGUCACUACAGCAUCUUGGAACCGGAUGGCUCCAUUCGAACGGUCCACUACACGGCGGAUGCCAAGAAGGGAUUCAACGCGAUCGUCAAGACUGUGGGGGCCAACUCGCAUCCAAUCACAGAGACGCCGGAGAGCGGUAACCAGGUCAACGACGACACCUCGCAGUCGAAGAUCAAUCACUACAGCAAGGACCAGGAGCACAUUGUCCUCAGUUCGGACAUCAAGCCGCUGAAGAAACCCAUUGAGGACUUGACGCACUCGCAUCCGAAGAUCCCCAGUUUGAUUGAGAUCAAGCCGCACGCCAGGAUCAAGCAGGUGCCCAUGGACAUGGAUCCGGGCAUUAGGGACCGUUUGCAGCAGGCCAGGGACACCUACUACAAGCAGAUAGCAGCUGCCCAUAAAUUGGAGGAUUUCUCGCAGAAGCUGCAACCCACCUACGCGGUGCAAGAAGGCGAUUGGAAGGCGGUGAUAGUAAAUGAACCCAAGGAGUAUCGACCUCAGUAUACCACAGGCUCCCCCGCACACUCCCACCACUCCUACUACGACCACUUUAGGCCCAAGGAGCUGCCCCACAACUACCUACACAAGCCCUCCAUUCAACAGCAGUCCCUUCACACGAGCUUCUCGCCCUCGAAGCCCAGGGUGAGCAUCCCCGAGGGCCUCUCCAACCACAUCCACCAGAAGAAGGUGGUCCACACCACGCCCGGGCUGAAGCACUACAAGUACAAGGGGGUGUCCAAGUCCUACUCCCGACCCGACUACUCCAGCUACUUCCACCGCAAGCCCAAGAAGCUGCGUCCCCUGUUCCCCAAGCAAAAGCCACGCGUCCACAGACCCGAGAAGUCGGGUCCUGUCCUCUUCCCCAAGAUCCUGGAGGACGACUUCGAGGACUUCGAGGAGGACGAGCAGGGAGCGGCGUCGGCCACUCUGGUGCAGAACAUGGUGCGCCAGGACAAGAAGCACAUGGUUCCCAUGUACGCCGGUGGUCACGGCUUUGAAAGCUAUCGCACCUUGGAAGGAGUGUAA